GAUUCUCCUCUAAUUACACCACAAACCUUGAUACCACGUUUGAUACAAAUGAUACUAACAAACAUUAGUACUAACAAACGUUGUAAAAUAUAAUACAGAAAUAUUAGUCUAUUUCUUGAGAAUUAUAAUGUACUCUGAAAUGAUUUAAAAUGCGAGCCAAGUGUGAUACGCUUGCGUGGUACUAAUAGAUCACAAAGUUGACAAUGAUUCAACUGUCAUGUGCUGACGACAGUCGCACAAGUUGUUGAUUCGGAGUAAAGAUCUGUUUUGAUUCCUUUGGAUUGUUUUCGAUAAACUGAUAAUUUAUUUAUCGGACACAUUGUUUACAGAUGCUACUUCAAAAGGGAAAUCUUGACUAAUUUUAAUAUCAGUAUAGAGAAAGUCACACGGUUAUUUUCCUGUUCUUAACGCUUAAUUUAUUAAGUGGUUGUGUUUUAGAUGUUCGUGACAAGUUCGUAAAAAUCUCCAGAGUAAUUUUGGAGCAUUCAUCAUGCCAAUUUUAUUCAGUGUGGUAGCUCGAGGAACAGUUGUGUUGGCAAAAUAUGCCUCCUGCACAGGGAAUUUUGAGGAGAUGAUAGAAAAAAUUUUGGAAAAGAUUCCACCCAAAAAUGACAAAUUAACAUAUACAAAGGGACCUUAUCAUUUUCACUAUAUCUGUGAAAAUAAUAUUAUUUAUAUGUGUAUCACCGAUGAUGAUUUUCAAAGAUCAAGGGCAUUUUUGUAUCUCACAGAAAUUAAAAGAAGGUUUAUAACCGUUUAUGAUCAAGGUGCACAAACUGCAGUAGCGUACGCAAUGAACUCAGACUUUGCCAGAGUUCUAGCUAAUGAAAUGAAAUACUACAGUGAAUCCAAUCAAGACAUUGACAUAAUAUCUAAAGUUCAUGGCGAAUUAGAUGAACUGAAAGACAUAAUGGUAAAGAAUAUAGAUAAUGUAGCUAUGCGCGGAGAACGACUAGAGCUUCUCGUAAAUAAGACCGACAAUUUAACUGCCAAUUCAGUCACAUUUAGGAAAACCAGUAGAAACUUGGCGCGUUCAUUGUUCUGGAAGAACGUUAAAAUUUACGUUAUCGUUGGAGUGAUCCUUAUUGUUGUAGUAUACGUUAUCGUAUCGAUGUCUUGCGGUGGUCUGGCCUGGCCAAAAUGUGUCGGAAAUUAAUUCACGUUUACGAAACUUAGACACGAUCCACUGUGUCUCUAAACGCGACAAAUACUUGGUCCGGGGAAUUGAAUUGGCCACGGCGGUCGAAAAGAUAUUUUAAAACGAAGGGCUAUGAACCAAGGCGCAGAUUGUAUUUCUUGGUUCGUGAUACACGGAGAAACAUGUUCAAUCGUGUAACUAGAGAAACGAUUAUUACAGAGAUGUAUGUAUAGAGAUAAAUAAGUAUGUAACGCUUAUAUCAUUUUUUAUUAUACGUUACCAAAAAUUAUCAAUAUCAUCGAUUUUUUUCAAGCGAUGAAUGUAAUUUUAAU